CUCCCGGUGGACGAAACUAUGAACAGUAGAAGCAGCAAGCCUGGAGGAGAGAGAACCAAACUCUGCCUAAAUUAUUACUCGUAUUAUUAUUGUUAUUUGAGAAAUCAAAUUCAAAUACUACUUGAUUUUAGAGAGAGAAAACGAAAUCCCAUAUGCCUUGGAACUUCCUUAUAAUCAAUUAAUCAUUCACCCAAUUUCCAGGAAUAGACAGGCUUGGUCUUUAUCAUUGUGGUGUGUGGUUAAGCAAAGAUGAAUCCAUUUGGUGAUGAUUUUGGCGUCUCAGGUAGUGACGCAAUUACUCCUAUGACAAUGAAUUUGGAGUUUGGAGGAACUCAUGUUGUCAAGCCUAAAGGGAAACACCAGGCUACUAUAGUCUGGUUGCAUGGAAUGGGUGACAAAGGCUUGAGCUGGUCUCAGCUCUUUGAGACCCUUCCCCUUCCAAAUAUUAAGUGGAUUUGCCCAACUGCUCCUACUCGCCCAGUUGCACUUCUUGGGGGAUUUGCUUGCACUUCUUGGUUUGAUGUGGAAGAUAUAUCAGAAAAUGCGUCAGAUGAUUUGGGGGGUUUAGAUGCUUCAGCAGCACACAUCGCCAACCUUUUGUCCAGUGAACCCUCUGACAUUAAGCUUGGUAUUGGGGGUUUCAACGUAGGUGCUGCAAUCUCUCUGUAUUCUGUGAUAUGCCAAGUUUUAGGGCGAUACAGGAACGGGAGCUCUUAUCCUAUCAAUCUGAGCGUAGUAGUGGGACUCAGUGGAUGGCUUCCAUGUUCAAGUUCAAUGAAAACAUGGAUGGAGGAAUCUCAAGAAGGUCAGCAUCGUACAGCGUCACUGCCCAUUUUACUUUGCCACGGGUCAGCUGAUGAAGUGGUUGCGCAUGAACAUGGGGAGAAAGCUUUGGAAACCCUUACUUCACUUGGAUUCCACAAUAUUACUUUCAGGAGCUACAAUGGGCUAGGUCAUUAUACAAUCCCCGAAGAAACUGAAGAAGUCUGCAAAUGGCUAACCACAAUGUUAGACCUUGAAGGGACAACUUCUGAUUCCUAGAGCAGUAAAACAGUGUGAUGUGAAGGUAAACAAGAAAGCAGACUAAGUACCUUAUCAAGAGCAAAACUAGCAAUAUUUUGAGAUGCUACAAAUAGAUGGCAAUAAAGAAACAUGUAUUAUUAUAUCAUACUUCAUAUUAUAUAGAAAAAUAUGGCAUAAUCCAUGUAAUUCGAAAUGCAAUACUCCGUAAGUAAUACUAUAUUUUCGCUUAGCAAACAGUCUGUUAUUCCUAGGGUUCUACUAUAUGAUGAGAACUCCUUUAGUGUAAUAUCCGUCAAACUGUAUGACUUGUAUAUUUGAAUGUGGAUGACAAUAAAUCGAGCGUGUUAUAGAUUGAAGAA